GGGCUCUUCUAGGCUCUCCAACAAAAAAACUUAACAGCGUAAUUAUGUGGCUACUGGCGAUCAAAAGUGAAACUCUUGGAGGACAGCAUUAUAAGUGCCCGCUAGGUGGCACUAUUCCAUUAGGGAGGUUUGGAGCAUGUAAAACAGCUAGUCCAACGUAAUGCUCCACCUACCUAGAGAUGCUUUAGUGUGUAGUGUGUCAAAAGCAUUCGGGAAGUAGGCUAUUGCGCUACAAUAAAAAGGAGACGCUAAAGAAUCCGAAAAUGCAACCUCCUCCCAGAAAGGUGAAGGAGACCCAGCAGGUGAAGAUGGCCUUUGCGGAGCAAGUUGGGCGGCUGCAGAGCAAACAGCAGCAGGAGGUAGAACUCCUGGAGGACAUCAGGUCCUUCAGUAAACAGCGUGCUGCCAUAGAACAAGAGUACAGUCAGGCCCUCCAGAGGCUGGCCAUACAGUUCCAGAGGAAAGACUGGCAAAGAGGCAAGGGAGACUCUUUGCACUCUGGGAGUGUGUUUGCUGUGUGGAGGUCUCUGAUUGAGGCCACGGCACAGAGUGGAGUGUGUCGUCUCACGGCGGCCGACGGAUAUCGUUCACUCACUGCCGACGCUCUGAAGAGCCUGAGGGCAGCCAAGGAGCUGAAGGCCAAGAGGGGUCUAGAGCAGCUGCAGAGGGUACAGGGUGAGGUAGUGGAUGCACUACGAGAGCUCCACAAGGUCAAGAAGAGAUACUACCAGCUGAGUCACAUGGCUAACGUGGCCAGGGAGAAAGCUGCUGACGCACAGGCCAAAUUCAAGAAGAGUGACCAUGGAAUUUUCCAUUUUAGGACAGGCUUGCAGAAAAUGAGUUCAAAGCUGAAUACCAGGCUGAGGGAGUGUGACCAGAGACUGACAGAGGUGCGCAAUGAGUACCUUCUGACACUGUCUGCCAUCAACUCUCAUCACCAGUACUACUACACUGCAGAGCUGCCUGCCAUCAUGAGGAGACUGGACAGUGACCUGUAUGAGCAAAUCCGAGAACACUUCACUCUCUUGUGCUGCACAGAGAUCGACACCUGCCGGUCAACGCAUAGUAACUUUAGCCAGAUCUGCGAGAACUCYACCAAGGUGUCUAGAGAACGGAACAUCCAGAUCUUCCUCCAGGAGUUCCCGGUCUUCACCAGAACAGCCGGCUUUCACUUCCAGGUUGCCCCUCAAGACAAGGUGUGCAUUCUGAAGCAACAUAGCUCCAGUGCUGAGGGGGAGAGCUGUUUGGACAAGGAGGCCCGCAAGUGGUCUGCUAAGGCUGCCAAAGACUACAAGAUCAUCUCACACGGAGAUAGGGCACUGCAGAUGCUGGACAGGCGUUUCAAACUGCUGUCAGGAGACACCGGAGUCAGCGUGGAACAGAAGAUGGUGGAGGUGAAGGAGAGUGUGAGGAAAGCACAGGUGAGCCGGGUGAAGGCGGAGUCCAGGCUGGCGCUGCUGGCGUCGGCGGGGGUGGACGUGGAGCCAUGGAUGAGCAGUGCUAUGACCCAGGCAGACGAGGAGCUGGAGAGGGACAGGAGGCUGAGCGAGGCACGCAUGUCCAACGGAGAUAUCUCCGAGGACGAGUUUGAGUUCACAGACUUCGACGACUACGAUGAAGAUGGUGACACUUUCAUCGAUUCAACUUCCUGCUCGGUGCCGUGUGGAUACCCCUUGGCUUGCAUGGUUCUCUACAGCUAUCAGGCCUGCCAAGGAGACGAGCUGUCAAUCACAGAGGGAGAAGAGCUUCAGGUGAUAGAGGAUGGAGACAUGGAGGACUGGCUGAAGGCACGUAAUGCAGCAGGCCAGGUUGGCUAUGUCCCUGAGAGGUACCUGCAGUUCCUGUGGUCACCAGGAGAGGGCUCCUCUGUCUGCCUGGCGCAGGGCUUCCCUUGUCCCCAGCUGGACUGGUCCUUCAACAGUUCCGGCUCCUCAUCAGAACAUUCCAAGAGGCAGCAGGGCCGCUCCCCUCACUCUGGGGGUCUGGCACGGGCUCUGUUACCUUUACCCAUGCCCGUCCCUACCCAGCCCGCCCAGACUGCCUACCCAGCCUCCCCACCCCUACCCAGCUCUCCAUCCUUACCCAUCCCUACCCCACCCAGCAUCCGCCUCCCUCGCCCUACCCGGAUCACCCGACCUUACCCAUUAUCCCUACCCUACCCAGCCCAGCCUGCUCCCAGACCUACCAUACCUACUCAGCCUCCCCACCCCUACCCAGCUCUACCCCCUUACCCGAUCCCUACUCCCAGCCCAGCCCUGUCCACCCAAACCUACCCAUACUACCCAGCCUCCCCACCCCUACCAGCUCUACCUAUCCUUACCCAUCCCUACCCCACCCAGCCCAGCCCUGUCCUACCCAAGAACCUACCCAUUACGUACUCAGCCUCCCACCCUCCAGCUCUACAUUCUUACCCAUCCUACCCCACCCAGCCCAGCCCUGUCCUACCCAGACUACCCACCUCCCAUCCUACCCAGCUCUACCUAUCCUUACCUCCUCCCUACCCAGCCCAGCCCAGCCUGUCCUCUACCCAGACCUACCCAGCCAGCCUCCCACCGCCUAAAGCUUACCUACAAUCCUUACCCAUCCCUACCGCCAGCAUCCUCCAGCUCCCACUGCCCUCGCCUCUACCCAUACCUACCCUCUACCCAGCCAGCACUUACCACCAUACCACAGCCUCCCACCCCUACCCACUCUACCCAUCCUUCCAUCCCUACCCCACCCAGCCCAGCACUGCCUAA